UCAGAGGAAGAUAGUCCCACUAUUAACGGAUUUAGAUUUUUCGAUAUGGAGGUGCUGUCGUCUGUUUUUGAGCAGCUACGGUGUGGAGAUUGUGGCAGUUUCAGCCUUCUGUUGAUGGAAGAUAGCACAGAGCGGAAGGGAUGUGCCUCGACUUUGCGCUUGUUGUGUGAACACUGUGGCUGGAAAUUUUCUUUUUGUACUUCAAGAAAGCAAGGAAAGAGCUGUGAAGUAAAUAGACGUCUUGUGUAUGGCAUGAGAACUAUUGGCAAAGGUUAUGCUGGAGCAAAAAAAUUCUGUGCUAUAAUGAACAUGCAAACUUCCAGGGAUCAGCACCAGCCAUGGAGCCAGAGGGAGCAGAUCGCAUAUUUCAGAGGUCUGUUGAAAAACACAACCUCAGAUACACUGAAUUUUAUGGUGAUGGUGACAGUAAGAGCUUCACAAGGGUGAAAGGAGUUUAUGAAGAUGAUGGAAUAGAAAUGGAAAAGAAGGAAUGCAUUGGACAUGUCCAGAAGAGAGUGGGAACUGCACUUCAUAAAUUAAAGCAAGAGAACCCAGGCUUAGGAGGCAAGGGUAAACUGACUGAUAGUCAAAUAGACAAACUUCAAAACUACUAUGGCAUAGCCAUAAGAUCAAAUGUUGGAAAUCUUGCUGGCAUGAAGAAAGCAAUUCAUGCUAGCCUAAUGCAUUGUGCAUCCACUGAGCAACGCCCCCUUCAUGACUACUGCCCAACAGGCAGUGCAAGUUGGUGCCGUUAUCAACAAGAUAUGGCAAAUCAGACCAAGCUGUACAAACAUGGACCUGGCUUACCUCUUGAGGUAAUUGCAAAGUUAGAGCCAGAAUAUGUUAGACUCAGCAAUGACAUUUUACAGGAAAAAUGCUUGCAUGGUAAGACGCAAAAUCAGAAUGAAUCAUUAAAUGGAAUGAUCUGGCAGAGAGUCCCAAAAGAAGUUUAUGUUGGAAGGGAAACACUAGAACUAGGACUGUAUGAUGCAGUCGCUCAUUUUAAUAUUGGAGCAGUUACUGUUAUAAGAAUUUUGCAAGCCUUAAACUUUCCCUCUGGAAAAUAUACAGAAGAGGGUUGUAAGCUUCUUGAUCAGCUACGCGUGGAUGGUGCAGAAUAUAAAAGCAAGGCAAGCACCAAAAAGAGAAGAAAAGUCAUAAGAGGACUAAAAAAAAGAAAAGAGGACAAAAACAAACAAAGAGAGGGUGUGAACUAUGCCUCAGGACAGUUCUAG